AUGACCCAAUGUAAAAUGAUCAAUUGGAGAUAUUCUAUCAACAAAAUCAUUUGUUAUGCUAAAAUAUCUACAGUUGCAGAAAAUUCAUCAACUAUUUCUAAAUCAGAAUCAAUAAUAAAAUCAUCAUUUUAUCCUACAACUAAUAUUCGACGUAAAUGGUGGAAAGAAUCUAUAGCAUAUCAAAUUUAUCCACGAUCAUUUCAAGAUUCUAAUGGAGAUGGAAUAGGUGAUAUACGAGGUAUUAUUCAACGGCUUGAUCAUAUAAAAAAUCUUGGAGUUGAUCUUAUUUGGAUAUGUCCAGUUUUUAAAAGUGCUAAUGAUGAUAAUGGAUAUGAUAUAUCUGAUUAUCAAAAUAUUAUGGAUGUAUUUGGUACAAUGGAAGAUGUUGAUGAACUUAUAAAACA